AUGGAUCCUGGACCUUCAAAGCAGCGGGUUAUCGGAGAAGGCGACAUGGUGCUUCUUCAAACACCAAGCGGUGAAACUCGACAUGCUAAAGUCGAACGGAAGGCUACCAUCAAUAUCGGGAAGUUUGGCAAUUUUCCUUCCAGCGAGCUUGUUGGCAAGUGGCCCGGCUUCAGUUAUGACAUUGUAUCCCAUAAGCUGCAUAUAUUACCCCCGAGAACAAUUGAAGAGCUUGAGGACACCGAUGCGAACAAUGAGCUGAUAAACGACGGAUCAUUUGUUCAACCACUUACACACCCAGAGAUAGAAGAACUGAAGAGAUCUGGUGCUAGUUUUACUGAGAUAUGGAAGAGGCAGACGGAGCAACACGCCAACUAUGAACUAAAAACUGAAUAUAGCAAAGAAAAAUACAAGAAACGUAAGGAGGCGAAAUUCGCGAAGCGAGUAACGAUCAUCGAGCCGACGAUUUUCAACGUGUGCGAUUACUGGUUUACAAGAGAUCCCAGUCGCGUGAGGGACAUGCGACCGGACACACUGAGCCAGAUUAUUAGCAUGGCAAAUGUGCAAUCAGGGUCCCGCAUUAUCAUAGUGGAUGACACAGGAGGUCUGAUACUCGCCGCCGCUCUUGAUCGUAUGGGAGGCUCGGGAACCGUUGUUGCAAUUUCGGAUUCCUCACAAGCACCUUCUUAUCCAUGUAUAAGUUCGAUGAACUUUAGUCCCGAACAGCUUAAACCAUUGUCAACCUUACUUAACUGGGUGCAUGUAGAUGAAGAAUGGGCGCCGAGAGUGACAUACGAGAGUCCCGAAGCCGCGGCCCUGCAUCGAAAGUUCGAAAGAGACAACGCAAGAAUCAUUAAAAGACGGGAGGCUUUCUUGGCCUUGCAGGCCCACCGAGAGGAUCUGUUCAGCGGGGAAUGGGAUGCGCUGCUCAUAUCAAGCAAUCAUGAGCCACAUUCAAUUAUAGAGAAAUUAGCGCCAUAUUUGGCUGGGUCGUCCUCGAUUAUUGUACACAGCCCCUAUGUUCACGUCCUGACCGAAGCUCAAGUUAAAUUGAGAGCAGAUCCACAAUACUUGGGAUCUAGUAUCACGGAAGGUUGGCUUCGCCGAUAUCAAAUCCUUCCUGGCAGAACACAUCCCACUAUGCAAACCUCGGGGUCGGGUGGCUACCUCUUGCAGACCAUCAAAGUGUAUGUUCGGUUCUCACGCGGUACUCCGCGUUUUGUGUGGACUCCGAUUCACGUUCCACUCCAGGUAUCCCGCUGA